CCAGCCAGCCAGCCCCACAGUUGGUGUACACUGGUGGUGAGAGACGGUCGUCGCCGCUCCGCUGGCCGCCGCCGCCGCCACAGGAUAUACCGGGGCCGCUGGAGGAGGUCCUCGGGCAGCAGCACCAGGCCGGGCGCCCUCCUCACCAUGCUCCUCCCACCUCACCUGCCUUCCUCAUGGCGAGGGCCGCUGGAGCACUGUACGGAGCACUCACAACACAUCAACGCCGAAAAUGAAACAAAAGUGAGAAUGGUACGCAAAAAAACAAAAAACUUGUUUACAGAGUCCUAAGAAAUGACACUUAAAGUCUGCCGAAGCCACUGACACUCAAAUGUUAAGAUAAGAGAAGGAGAGAGAAGCGUUGACAGAUAACACAGUAAUAUCCUGACUGUACUUUAGGUUGCUAUAACCUCAACUUUUGCUGCGCCAAAAUCGAGUUAAAUCAACAUCUUAGCGAGGAAAGUUAAGUUUGUUAAUACAUUCAGUUCGUUCUUCAGUGUAAUCUGGCUGGCUGCAAACGAGUCAAUUUCUUGCAAGAGAGUUAUUUCAUUCCUGCGUCAAUUUCAAGUGCUGUGUGUGUGAGGUGGGUGUAGAGUCGGGGUCGGGCAGCCACUGACCAACACCCCCACCUGACAUUGUGUGUGAGGUGGGUGUAGAGUCGGGGUCAGGCAGCCACUGACCAACACCCCCACCUGACAUUGUGUGUGAGGUGGGUGUAGAGUCGGGGUCGGGCAGCCACUGACCAACACCCCCACCUGACAUUGUGUGUGAGGUGGGUGUAGAGUAGGGGUCGGGCCUCCUCUGACCAACACCCCCACCUGACAUUGUGUGUGAGGUGGGUGUAGAGUCGGGGUCGGGCAGCCACUGACCAACACCCCCACCUGACAUUGUGUGUGAGGUGGGUGUAGAGUUGGGGUCAGGUAGCCACUGACCAACACCCCCACCUGACAUUCCCAUAAUAUGAGGCGUAGGGAAGGGUGUGCCAUCAAGGGAUGCGAGUCGCUCAAGGAUGGCAAGGUGGAGGAGAGGUAGCAGUGGAAGACGAGUGGUGUGGAGGCAAUGUAGCCCACGUGAGGCUACAGGAGCGUGUGUGUGUCACGCACGUGAGGCUACAGGAGCGUGUGUGUCACGCACGUGAGGCUACAGGAGCGUGUGUGCCACGCACGUGAGGCUACAGGAGCGUGUGUGUCACGCACGUGAGGCUACAGGAGCGUGUGUGUCACGCACGUGAGGUGAGGGUGAGGAAGGAGAGUAUGCCAGUGAUGGUGUUGGCGGUUCUCCUGGUCAUCGGUACAGUUACCAGCGUCCUGUUCAACUCCUACAUACUGUUCGUGUCCUGCACGCACAGCUUCACACAGACGCGCACCACCACACACGUCCUCCUGCUGCACCUUGGAGUCAUCAACCUCCUCAUCGCUGCCCUCUUCCUCGUCGGCCUCUUCCCCUCCCUCCUGCAGGUAGAGUGGGUGGGGCGUGAAGGGUGUUCUGCGGUGGGCAGCGCCUGGUUCACACUGCACGUGGCUGCCAUCUGGACACUCACCGCCCUCAACCUGGAUAAGUACGUGGCCAUCGCCUCCCCACUGCACUAUGCACGCUUCGUGUCGCCGGGGCGUGUGGGCGUGACGGUGUUAGUGUCGUGGGUGUUGUCUGCGGGUCUGUGUACGUUGCCGCUGCUGCUGCCGGGUCUACACAGCAGCCCGCGCCCCCCUGGAUGCUGUCUACCCGACGUGGUGUCUGCUGCGCCGCUCCUGGGCCGUAGCUACGCCCUGGCUCUCUCCCUCCUCGGGUACCUGCUGCCGGCGGUGAUGGUAGCCUCCGCUAACGGUCGUAUCCUGGUGAUAGCGCGUCACCACCGUCACAGGAUUGUGUCGGCGCUGUGGGACGUCACGGUGUCGGCUCAGGCCACAGUCACACCGCAGAGAUCUCACUUUUAUCUUACUCGUUACAGGGGGCGAUCAGCGGCUACCACAGUGUUCCAUUUCGUUGGAACCUUCAUCAUUAUGUACAUUCCGUCUGCCGUGUGUCUGCUGUAUGAGGCUAUGGCCAGGUCUUACGUCCCCGUCAACGUCUCCACCACCAACUUCGCUCUGCUUACAUUUGCUCCCGCCAUCAAUGGCUUUGUAUACGGGGUCAGGAGCAAAGUACUUCGUAAAAACUUUAAAAAUUUCCUGAGAAAACGUCUGUACCGCAGCGAAGUGAACUACGAGAUCCAGUCCCGCGCUCCGUCUGUGCCAGCGUCGCGGCGGCCCUCCAUCACCCCUUCCCUCUCCCUCCCCCUCCAACAGAAACUCCAGCGCCGCAUGUCAGAGAUACUCAUCCCGCCCUCCACCUCCGACGGCGCCGCCAAACUCGUCCGACGCUCUUCAGAGCUCUGUUUUCGGCCUCGAGGCUCGACGUGGUCCAUUCCCCGGGACAUCACUCCCUCCCGACUCUCCAGCGACUCUCCCGCACCGCUGGGCACUCAACUCGGCCAAAGUGACCAGCAAAGCGAGGAGUGCGGGCAGGCUGCGAGCGACCAGACCAGAGGGAGCAGCAGCCAGGAGAAGGUGAACCCUUCACCCCCUAGGAGUCCCCUCGGUCGCCACACUAAAGUACUUCGCUUACUCUCUCACUCCAACAGUCUGGAGGAGAAUCCUGAUCAGGAGAGUGACAUCAUUAACCUCGCUAAUGCGUCAGCCAUCUUGUCGAACCAUCGUCCGUCGCUAAGAAGAGCGUUAUUUGCCAGAAACAAGCAGAAGAGUCUAGACUUUGAGAUGACAUGUUUGUAUAUGGAGGAGAGUUCUGCAGAGUCCAUGACCCGGCCUCCUCGCAGCGCCUCGCAGCAGAUAGUGGGUGAGCUGGGCAGCCCAUCGCUGGUGCGGCCGUUGAUGCUGGGUCCCAGCUCACAGCCACCUCUCUCUCCUUGCAGGAAGACCAAGCGAGUCUCGUGGUCGUCCGACAGUUUCUCAGAUUCCCCGAUGGACUCUGACAACGACACCUCCGCCAACUCCGGCCCACCCAGAUACCGGAAAAAGGCGAUGUUCCGCAACAAUGGGUUACGUUUUGACUUCUCGAAAGUCUCCCUGGAACGUAUUGACUCAGAGGAUGUCCGGCCAUCACUGGAACACAGCGGAUCUCUGGAAUCAUCGCCCCCAGACUCUCCCCAAAUUACUGGCAACAGAGAAUGUGAGGUACAAGUCCACACGCCUCACAGCCCUGUCGUGGCCAAUGGGAAGUUUAGCAGUAAAAGCAACGGACACCGUGACAUAGCGGGAGCUGGAGCGCUGCCCACAUGAGACGGAUAAAGAUGACUACAAGAGACGGGUAAAGCUGCCCUGUGUGUACAUACUGGUGGAGAGUCGAGGCAAGUUUUCGUCACUCGUGGGCUUUCUUAGGUAACAAGAAUCAGGGUAUCGUAGCAGGACAGAGAACAAACUCAGGGACGGCGUUAACUGGAUCCAACAUGUUCUCUACACAUAUAUGCUGGACCCAACAUGUUCUCUACACAUAUAUGCUGGACCCAACAUGUUCUCUACACAUAUAUGCUGGACCCAACAUGUUCUCUACACAUAUAUGCUGGACCCAACAUGUUCUCUACACAUAUAUGCUGGACCCAACAUGUUCUCUACACAUAUAUGCUGGACCCAACAUGUUCUCUACACAUAUAUGCUGGACCCAACAUGUUCUCUACACAUAUAUGCUGGACCCAACAUGUUCUCUACACAUAAGCUGGACCCAACAUUUCUCUACACAAGUAUGUGUUACUUACCAGAUCUACUUCCAGGAUUCUCGUGGUCAUAAUUUGGUUUCAAUAGUAAUAUAUGUAUUGUUUGUAUGGGAGAAACCAGAGGAUGCUAGUGAGCUUCGUUGUAUGUAUGGCAGCGUAUUUCUUACAAGGAAUAUGGCACUAAUUUCCAGACCAUUGUAAUGUAUAUAUUAGCGCAUCUCCACGCUCACAUUCCUCACUGGGAAGCUCACCUUGUUAAAUUAGAGAAGACUUUCUCUCGUUACGUCUCUCAACCUCAGUGCUGAAUGCCACUGCACCUCCUUAUGUUGAGUUUUGUUAAGGGUGUGAGGGCCGGAAGAUGCUGCGGCGGAGUGUGAGGCCCG